UCAAAAUCUGUCUCGAGUAGGAAGUAAAAUUCCAAAAUCUUCCGGGGACUUUUGUAUUUACCUCAUGCCGACUACGGAGGAAGCUCAUCUCAGCCGCAGCUUUCGCCGGAAAACCCCGUCAGUUCCUUCCGCCUCCCCCCGCACCGCCAUAUGCUCUUCUUUCUUGAAACAAGUUCUCUUGCACGAUUGGUGGCUGAUCAAAGCCGACGCGGAUUCUGAUGGCAAACGAUUAGGCGUCGGUGGUUUCACUUCCAAAGAGAGCCACGGUAUAAGAAGUUUCUCCUCUGCUCCCAUAGUCCACAGAUAUGAUGCUGUUACUCUUAAGACAGUUGAUGGCAUGACAAUUAUGAUUCACGGACAAAUCAAUAGGUCUCGUACGCUCGAGAAUGGCUUCUCUAAGGAGGUCUGCGAUGAUUUUGUGAUUGGGUUUCCGUAUUACUGGGAAGAAUUUGCUGCUCUAUCUGCUGAUGAAGAACCAGCUGCGUAUUCUGUUUCAAAAGGGAUUUUUAAUUCUGAUGCAAGUAAAACGCCCAUGCCCAGAGAUAAUGGAAGAAAUAUGUUUGAUGAUAUACUACAACAAAGUGUUGGUGUUGGUUUUCCAUGCAGUGAAACACCAAGUGGAGAUGAAGAAAGUUCUUAUGAACCUUCCUUGAAUCAUAAGAAAAGACAGGUUGGACCGGGGUGGAGGGUUAACAUUAAUGUAAUAGAUGUAGAAAAUAGUGGUCCUCUGACUAGAAGUAGAACCCGAUUACUGAAUAAGUAGGACUGGAUGUAGAUAAUUAUGUAAAACAAAAUGUUAAGAGAACUACUUGUUGAUUCUGAGAUGAUGAAGUUAAUUACAAAUGCUUGGGAAGUAAGUCCUCAGAGAAUGUUGUACAAAUCCAGUCCUUUCUACAUUUCUUUGUUGGUAAACAAAGGAGUCCUCAAAAUUGCUGGAUAGAUGAGGAUGUUUCUGUUACCCCAUUAAGUUUUUUUAAGUGG